CUUCCGGUUUAUGUCAACAUGGACAAGGAUAACGAUGUUCUCAGUAAAUAUCGCGCUGUCACCAACAAGUUGAGAAAGAGGUUUCUCAAGAAACCAAAUGUAUCCGAAGGCAGUGAGCAGUUUGCGAGUCUAGCCAAGUCCUUGCAGCAACAAGAGUGUCCUCAGUAUGCAGGCUUCUGUUGUUUAGCUCAGGCCAGGUGUGAGCACACACUGGCUAAUGCUCCAGGGGAGGCCCAGGCUCUCACACAAGCAGCAAGGUCGUUCCUGGAAGCUGAACUUUUCAACAGGUCGCUCAAGUAUCCUGGGUUUGAGGAGCAUCUCACAGCUGCUAUCAACUGCUAUGGGCACGCCAUCAGGGUGCACAUUGAAAACAAACAGGUGGCACUGGCAGCAUCUCUGUGUCUGGAGCUGGGGAAUGUGCUGAUGAAAUUGAACAAGCAGGUAGAAGCGAUGGGCCACUUCCAAAGAGCGGCAGAGCUGCAAUCACAGAGUCCCUUGGACUGUCUGGAUGCCUUGGAGAUGGUAGCCAUUGCCAAGAUUGACACAAAAGACUAUGAAGGAUCCCUUGCUGUCCUCACUGAAAUGGCGUAUCUGGCUCAAGAGAGGGGAGGGUCCUCCGCAACAGGGAAGCCGAUUGGAGCCUAUUGUGACAUCCUGUCCAGGUGCGAAGUGACUCGGGUGCUGCUUCUUAUGCUGUUGCAGCCCACUCCCCAAAGAAUCCGCCCUGAGCAUGCUCAGACUUUAGAGAAGUAUGCCUGGGAAACAACAGAAGACAACUUUACAGUGCAAUACCUGGGCGAGGACUUGUUUCUUCUUCUACAAUCAGUUGUGAUGGCUUGUCAGUCACAUGACCUGGGAUGCCUUCAGGCACUCCAGACCGAUCUGUGGCCGUACCUCAACACAGAGCAGAACCAGAUCCUCCAUCUUGUUAUCCAGGAACUCUCUCACCCAGCCGGGGAAGGUGUUUAAUGUGCCACCUGCUUCCCUGAACACAGCCUCCAUAUUGUCUCACCAAGCCGGACAAGGUGUUUGAUAUGUCGCCCUCUCCUUCAACACAGAACACAGCCUUCAUCUUGUCACACCUGUCGUUGGAAGGCUUUUAAUGUGACAUUAAAGAAAGGGGAAGAAAAACACUUCAUGGCUUCCAUUACCAGAUGGCAAACAGGAUGUGUUUAGACACACGGCAAUGAUUCCCACUGCCCAAGUCUUCAGGCAGUAAUUUCCAGACUAAUGUGACCGCAGUUUGAUUGUAAGUUGACUGUUGACAUCACAAGUUGAGCAGACUAUUUCAACCAGACCAAAACUCAACAGCUAUCAACAUGAAGGCAAAAAUAUCCAAGGCAGCAGUGAAAACCACGAGAGUAGUGUUGGUGACUCUUUCCUUCACAUCUUUGUCAUGGUAAAGGAUGCAUAAUGGAGAGAGAUGUGGGAUUUAUUAUACACUUCAGUGUGAAAGACGGCAGGAACAUAACACUCUGAUGGAACUAUUAUCAUACAAGAGUAACCUCCCCAGAAAUUGUUUCCCUUUGUCAUAAGUAUCUAGCCCGUACACAAACUGUUGACGCUCUUGUUAUGUUAGUUGCACAUUGACAAGGCAAAAUAAUGACAGAUGGUCAUUUGUGGCGUUAAUAUCACUUCUUGCCAUUUAUUAUUCUCUCGAAAACGUUUCGUUAUAAACUGUAAAUGUUUAAUUUGACUCGUCAAUCGAGACUGUUGGUUUCACUAAACUACGCCACUUGUGAAAAUAUCUCCAUUCUCCCGUCACUCGAUGAGAGAAACAUGAUAUUUCACUCAACAUAUGAAAUAUCCUCUAUGACUAAUGAAGUGUUCUGCUGGAACAUCUGCCAAACACUUCUAUUCAGGGUUGACUUGCUAAGAUGAUGUUUUAUAUUAACUUUCUUCCUGGUUACGAGUGAGUGAGUGAGUGAGUGAGUGAGUGAGUAUGGUUUUACGCUGCUUUUAGCAAUAUUUCAGCAAUAUCAUGGCGGGGGACACCAGAAAUGGGCUUCACACAUUGUACCCAUGUCGGGAAUCAAACCCGGGUCUUCGGCAUGACGAGCGAAAGCUUUAACCACUAGGCUACCCGACCGCCCCAAUCCUAAGAAUGAUAACUUGACUACAUGUUUUUUAAACAGAUUUUCACCUCUUUUGUGAGAUAACAAGAAUGUUGGAGGCAUCUGAUGUGUUUCUGCUACACGUACCAACACGUCCUUCCCUCGCAAUAACAUGCAUUCUGUACUCGUCCUCGGGACACUAAAGGGCUAUACAGAGUUGUGUCCCUUCCCUGUAAAAUCAAUCACCCAAUUCAUCAUCUUUGGUGUGUGGACACCAAACUCGUGGAAGUGGGUUGGAUUUUUUCUAUACUAUUGACGGCAUGAUGUAAGUGAAAAAAAUGUUCAAAGCAGGAUAAUUAAGCCUCCUUGUUGCAGUGAGGUGACUGUCACUUCAAACUUUGACAGAUACUGUAUUUGAAUCCAGUACAUUCCAGUGGACGAGUAAGGGUUUAGCUCAGUCAGCAGCAUUCCAGCCAUAAGGCAAUGGAGGGCGCCUAGAAUGGGCGGCACACAUUGUACCCAAGUGGGGAGUUGGAUCUGAGUCUUCAAUCUGCUUAACCUCUUGGAUACCACCAACUAUGCUUGUUGUAAGAAGCGACUAACGGGAUCUGGUGGUCAGCCUUGCUGACUUGGUUGAUGCAUGUCAUCGUAUCCCAAUUGCGUGGAUUGAUGCUCAUGAUGUCAAUAACUGGAUUUUCUGGUCCAGACUCGAUUAUUAACAGACCGCCACCAUAUAGCUGGAAUAUUGCUGAGUGCAGCGUUAAACAACAAACAAACAACACUUAGCCAUGCCAUAUAUAUUUAGAGUCACGUAGAGUAACAGGGUUGUGUUGCCAAGUUUACAUUUCCUCUGUGCUCUGUCAGGUUCACAUUUGAAGAAUGUGAAAUUUCUACUAGGGCUGGGAUCGGUAAAUUGGGUUGGGUUGGUACUGAGUAAGACCCGGGUACCCACAGGACUACCCGGAUCCGUGCUUAGUCACGUGAUAUAUUAUUUAAUGACAAAAAUUAUCUAAAACUCUAUGGUUACACUAUGAGUCAGUAAUGUUCCCAUUUCUUUCUGACAAUGCACCCAUUCCUUCUGACUUUUAUAUGAUUGAAUAAAGAUAAAACUUCAUGCUGUCAACUUCAGUGUCUGAAUGACCAGAUCGUUUUAUACAUGUAUCUAAAUACCUUUUACCAGGGCUACGAUCAACCUUUUCCCUAUCAGACAGUUUGUACCUAUCUCUUGAUAUCUACAGUGGGUACCUGGGUAUGGUCGGGUAAUAGGGUGGUGGGUACCUGGACUGGUCCCAGCCCUAAUUACUACUAAGAAGGCUGUGGCCAGCCCAUGGGGUGUAUAUGAUUGUUUUGUUGGCAUCAGUUGCUGUAUAAGGCUGCUGUCACAGAUACACCAUCAGUUUGUACUGUGUUGUACUGUGUAAGCUGUGGCCAGCUCAGUUGUAUGAUGUACAUGUCCUCUGAUAAGUAGAUGUAUAUAUGGUAUUGUCCAGUAUAGUUUCAGAUUGUGUAUAAUGUACAUGUGUGUCAGUGGAUGUGGCGUAACAAUAAACUAAUACUUCGGA